CUUUUUAUUUCAUCCUCGCCUCUGAACGGUGCGUACCAUCAUGUCUCUUCUUACAUCACAAGUCUUUGGCUUGAGCCGCCAGGUUGCCAGACUUGGCGCCUUCACAGAAUCCUCAGUUUUCACAAAUCAGGUCCGCCAUGCCUCUAAAAGAGCUGGAGGUUCAACCAAGAAUAACAGAGAUUCUGCCGGUCGCCGUCUUGGUGCCAAGAAGGUUGGAGGCGAACCUGUAAUUCCUGGUAAUAUCAUCUAUCGUCAGCGUGGCACACGCUUUUACCCAGGCGAAAAUGUUGGUAUGGGCAAAGAUCACACAUUAUAUGCACUUGAGUCCGGCUGGGUUCAAUACUAUCAGGAUCCUGUCAAGGACAAGAAGUUCUGGAAGAGGACUUAUGUCGGCGUUAGUUUGUAUAAGGACCAAACACUGCCUACGCUAGCACAUGAUCCUAGGAAAAGGGCGUUCAGGAUGGUCGACGUUGCUGCACAUAAGAAGCAGUUGGAUCAGUCCAGGAAAGUGGCUUUGGAGGACUUGGCUGCAUUGGAGAAGGUUGUUCUGGCAUGAUUAGGCGUUUAGUACUAUAAUACAAUAAAGUGUGAAAUAGAGAGAUUAUUC